AUGGAUGAGGGGCUGUGUCGGAUCGAGCUCUACUGCUCCGUUGGUUGUUGGUGGCACUUGGCCCACAACACUGUCUUUGAGGUCGCAGAACUCAAGGCUGCAGUGGAAGAGCUGGCAGCAGUUUGGAGGACAGCUGGACCAGGGCUUUCUCCGUCGCAGUCGCAACAGUCCGAGUACAAGAGACCGGAAUUCAAGUUCUGCCGCAUCAACCAUAUCGAGGACAAGAGGAGAGGGCAGGCUCAGGAAUCCUCGAGCACCUCGUUACAGGCAAGGAGGCCGGAUGAGGCUCCCUCGCCGCCGAAGAAGAGGCGCAAGCUGGUCGUCACUCUCUCAACACCCAUCAGGUACGAAGGGAGAGUGAAAGCCCAGGACGCGACGGCUCAGGGCGCUUCCGGAUCAUCAAGCUCUUCGCUGCUUACUCCCUUAGUGCCGGAGGGUUGGGGGUUCAAGGCUACGGCUGAGGAGUGA